AUGCCAACGAGCGACGAGAAAGCGCUUCUCAACGCUGCACGAGAUGGCAACUUGGCUCAAGUCCAGUUGUAUCUCAACAAAUGCGUCAAAGUCAACUGCACGGACGACAAUGGUUAUGCGCCACUGCACUGGGCUGUUUCCAGCGGUCAUGUGGACGUCGUCCGCUUCUUGCUUGAAAAAGGCGCCAAACUCGACGCCGAAAACAAGCUCUUGGACGCACUGCGCGAGAAACGCAUUCCUGUCGCCACGCGCAUCCUCCAAAACAGCUUUAUCCACGCCAACCUCCGUGAUAGUUCGGAGACGCCAUUGCUGCACUUGGUCGUGUCGACGCAAGAUCUGUCGCUGCUUCAAAAAAUGCUUUCAAAACCUGACCUCGAGAUCGAUGUCAAAGACGCGACGGGUCGCACAGCCCUCGCAGUCGCCAUUAUCGCUGACAACGCAGAGUCAGCUCAGGCGCUGUACCAAGCGUGCGCAUCCGUCGAUUUCGUCGAUGAGAGCAUCCUCGCUUCGGCACUGCUCCACGCAGCGUCUGGCAACAAUGACCGGAUGGUGGCUCAACUGCUGCGUUUUGGCGUCAACCCUACGUCACCCAACGAGCACGGCGAGACAGCGCUGCAUAUGGCGGCUGCCCGCGGUCACAUGCCCAUUCUCACGACACUGUUCCAAGCGGCAACGGUUCACGACGGCAUCGACGCUACCAAUCACUCGGGAGAGUCGCCCCUCUUUGCUGCUGCUGGUGCUGGCCACGCCGACAUUGUCAAAGCACUGACGGCUGCCAACGCCAGCCCCAAGAGCAUCACCAGCGCUGGAUCGACGUUAUUGCACGCGGCCGCGAUCGGUGGCAGCCCAACUGUCCUGGAUCAUGUCCUCCCGCUUUGCAACGAUGCAAUGGAGAUGGUCGACGAGUUGGGGCAGACGCCGCUGCAUGUCGCGGCCGCCAAGGGCCACGGUUGCGCCGUCAAGUACCUUUUGGACGCCGGCGCCAACGUCUUGGCUGCGUCCAAGACGGGAGCGACACCGCUGAUGCUAGCGACCCACCCCUACGCCAUUGCUGUUUUGCAACGAGCCGGAAGCUAG